AUGGUUGAAUACAUCACCAUAAAUGGGGCCAGACUCGCCUACGAAAUCAGCGGCCCUGAAACAGCGCCGUUAAUGAUUACUCUCCACGGUGGACGCGGAAUGGGAGACCACAGAUCAGACUACAAAAUCUACAGCCAACUCAACGACCGCUUGCAAGUCCUGUCCUUUGACUAUCGCGGGCAUGGUCAAAGUUCACGGACGAAACCUUAUACUUUUGAGCAACUUGUUGACGAUAUUGAGGGUAUUCGACAGCAGUUUCUGGGAGCUGAAGAACAGGUUAUCAUCUGUGGUGGGAGUUUUGGUGGGUUUUUAGCACUGCAUUAUGCUAUUAAGUAUGCAUCUAGGGUGUCACGGUUGAUUCUCAGGGGGGCUGCGGCGAGUCAUCAUCGUAUAUCUGCCUUUUCCUUCCAACAACAUGCCCUUCUUGCUAAUUUGACGACAGACGAAGAAGACUCGAUAAAAUCUUUGGAAAAAAGACUCCACAAAGCACCCAAUUUCUCCAAAGAGAUGCUACGAGACAAAGUCUUCGGCGCGUAUGAGGACGACGAGGAAUUCAAACUUGUCUAUUUUGCUAUGAUGCCACUUUAUAAAGAGGUUUUUGAUGCGAAUGCAGCACUCAAGGCGUGCCGGGAUACGGUUUGUUUUGCGGAGUCGCAUAAUGAGCUCUACUCGGAAAAGGAAAAGUAUUUUGAUUAUACGAAGAAGUUGGCUAGUAUAACAGCCAAAACACUGGUUAUUGUUGGGGAGAAUGAUUGGAUUUGUCCUCCAGAGAACUCGAGAAUUAUAGCAGAGAGAAUACCUGGUGCUGAGUUACUGGUUGUAUCCGAUGCCAAUCAUUCUGUGCAUAUUGAGAAGCCUGAGACUGUGCUGGGGCGGAUUAAAGAGUUUCUGUGA